GCAGAACAUCUCCCAGUCCAUGGAAGUGCUGGAUCUCCGGACGUUCCGGGACCUGCAGUACGUGCGGAACACGGAGACGCUCCUGCGGGGCCUGGACUCGGAGCUGCGCGGGGCCACUGAGGGCCAGAGGACCCUCAACGCCCGCAGAUUCCAGGAGCUGAAGCAGCGGAUGUCGGAGCUGCUCCCGUUGAUCCCGGUGUUGGAGCAGUACCGCUCGGACACGCGGCUCAUCGUGCACCUCAAGGGCGAGGUCCGGAACCUCUCCGGGAGCCUCCUCUCCAUCCAGGAGGAAAUGGGAGCCUUCGACUACGAGGAGCUGCAGCAGCGGCUGCUCCUGCUCGAGGCCCGGCUGCACGCCUGCAUCCAGAGGCUGGGCUGUGGGAAGCUGACCGGGGUCAGCAACCCCAUCACCAUCCGGGCCUCGGGGUCCCGCUUCGGGUCCUGGAUGACGGACACGAUGACCCCCAGCACGGACAGCAGGGUCUGGUACAUGGACGGUUACUACAAGGGCCGGCGCGUCCUGGAGUUCCGCUCGCUGGACGACUUCGUGGCGGGGCAGAACUUCGUGCAGCACCUCCUUCCCCACCCCUGGGCGGGCACGGGGCACGUGGUGUUCAACGGCUCCCUCUUCUACAACAAGUACCAGAGCAACGUGGCCGUCAAGUACCACUUCGGCUCCCGCAGCGUCCUGGUGCAGCGCAGCCUGGCCGGCGCCGGCUACAACAACACCUUCCCCUACUCCUGGGGCGGCUUCUCCGACAUCGACUUCAUGGUGGACGAGAGCGGCCUGUGGGCCGUGUACACCACGAACCAGAACGCCGGGAACAUCGUGCUGAGCCGCGUGGACCCGCAGAGCCUGCAGGUGCUGCGCAGCUGGGACACCGGGUACCCCAAGCGCAGCGCCGGCGAGUCCUUCCUCAUCUGCGGGACCCUCUACGUCACCAACUCCCACCUGGCCGGCGCCAAGAUCUACUUCGCCUACGACACCAACAGCUCCAGCUACGAGUACACGGACAUCCCCUUCCACAACCAGUACUCCCACAUCUCCAUGCUGGACUACAACCCCCGCGAGAGGGUCCUGUACACCUGGAACAACGGCCACCAGGUCAUCUACAACGUCACGCUCUUCCACGUCAUCAAGACCAGCGGGGAGCUCUGAGCCCCCCUCGGGGGGGGAGACAGGGAUUCAGGGUUGGAAACGGGGAUUCGGGGAUGGAUCCGGCAGUUCCAGGCUGGGUUUGGCUCCAGGGAGCUCUGAUUCCGCCCUGGAUCCUCCACCCUGGAUCCAGCUCCAAGCUGUGAUUCCACCCUGGAUCCAGCUCUGAUUCCGCCCUGAAUCUUCCAGCCUGGAUCCAUUCCCACGGAGCUCUGAUUCCAUCCUGGAUCCAGCUCUGAUUCCACCCUGGAUUCUCCACUCUGGAUCCAGCUCCAGGGAACUCUGAUUCCAACCUGGAUCCAGCUCUGAUUCCCCCCUGGAUCCAGCUCUGAUUCCAGCCUGGAUCCUCCACUCUGGAUCCAGCUCCAAGGAGCUGUGAUUCUGGCCUGGAUCCAGCUCGGAUUCCACCCUGAAUCUUCCAGCCUGGAUCCAUUCCCACGGAGCUCUGAUACCCCCCUGGAUCCAGCUCUAAUUCCCUCCUGGAUUCUCCACUCUGGAUACAGCUCCAGGGAGCUCUGAUUCCCCCUGGAUCCAGCUCUGAUUCCCCCUGGAUCCAGCUCUGAUUCCACCCUGGGUCUUCCAGCCUGGAUCCAUUCCCAUGGGGCUCUGAUUCCCCCCUGGAUUCGGCUCCGGGGAGCUGCGAUUCCCGCCCAGAUCCAGCUGUGAUUCCAGCACAGAUCCGGCAAUUCCAGGAUGGAUUCAGCUCCAGGGAGCUUUGAUUCCAACCUGGAUCUGGUGACUCUUCCCUGGAUCCUGUGAUUCCAGCCUGGAUCCAGCUGUGAUCCCACGCUGGAAUUUCCUACCCUUCCCUCCUCUUCCCGCCCCUUUCCCUCCCUCCUUUCCUGUUCCUUUGGGAUCUCGGGAUCUCUCCCAGCGCAUGGAGCUCCUUUGCCUUCAUCUGAGUUGCCUUGGAAUUGUUUUCCGUUGGAUUUCUUGGGAUUUUUUUCCCAUUUCCAUCUUUAUUUCGUCGGCAAAUAAAAAAAAGUCUCUUGGAA